AUGGGAUCGGUAUUCAGUGGUUUAACUAAAGAAGAUAUCGGUAGUAUUAGAGAGGCGGGUUGUCGGUUUUCAGAUACUGAGAUUAAGAAGCUGUAUAGUCGGUUUAGGGACUUAGAUAAGGAUGAAAUUGGUCGUAUUUACUUAGAACAGCUUUUAUGUAUUCCAGAGAUAAGCAUUAAUCCAUUGGGAGAGCGAGUAAUUAGGAAGAUAUGUUCGGUAGAAGGAACUUUGGAUUUUCGGGGGUUUUUACGGGUAUUAGGGAUCUUUAGUAAUCGGAGUAGUAAUCAGGAGAAGAGUGUGUUUUUGGCUGAGAUUAUUUCAGCUGGGGCGAUUGAAAGGAAAGAUUUAGAGGAGAUAGCUAAUGAUCUUUAUGGAGGUAUUUAUGAACAGGAGAAGAUUGUUGCGGCAGUUGAUUUGGUCUUUAAGAAGUACCAGAAGAAGCCGCAGGAGUCGAUUAGUCCCAGUGAAAUGAAAAGUCUUGAUUGCAGUUGCCUAAGUAUUAUCAUGUGA